CUACAACUUCAGCAACACUUGAACAGAUAGCAGAAUACUUUGCCAAAACAACUUGUCUGCAAGAUGAACUAACUGCGUUUUCUACUCAUCUUUUUCAUCGUUACCCUAGGUAUCGAAAAUUACAUUCAUCACAUGUAGCCCUUCAUUUCCAAUAUAAUUAUUUUCGUAUGAAAGUUCAAAUGUUUACAAGUCCUUCUAAUGUUCGACGAGUUCAAAACUUUAUAGCAAGAAGUUGGGCAACUCCGAAGAAAUUAAAAUGUCCUUAUGUAAAAGUUGCGACAGACAAGGUCAAAAUUUAA